GAUUGCCUUGGUCAGCACUUUUUUCCCUUUUUUUUUUCCAUUCCGCGCGUUAACAUAAGGAUUACCACACUGGGCCGUUUGGUCACGUGACCCUGUGGGGCGCGUCGAGGUCAUUCCAUGUCUUUGGCUCCUCUGCUGUGCCAGUAGGAGAUUUUUAUUUUUUUAUUAUUCGACGAGCUGUAAUACGCCGAUAGGACGGACGGUGCAUGUAAUGCACGGUGUAUUUAUAUUUCUCAAGCAAUUGCGUCACGCGUCACGAGAGGAAGAAGAAUAACAAAUUGCUUGCAGCAAGAGAAGCAACAAGUAGUGCGUUUUCCCAUUCUCGAUUUCCCAUCGCUAUGACGGAGAAGAAAAUUUUGAACUUCGGAGCCGGACCGGCAAAAUUGCCGCAAGAGGUACUGAAGCAAGUUCAAGGCGAGCUGCUUGAUUACCACGGCGAAGGCAUCAGCAUUUUGGAAACGAGCCACCGCUCUAAAGUCUACUCGAAUAUCAACGACGGUGCUCAGCGCAAAAUCCGCGAUCUGCUGAGCAUCCCUGAAAAUUUCAAAAUCUUGUUUUUGCAAGGAGGCGGAACUGGUCAGUUUGCUUCCAUUCCUUUAAAUUUGAUUGGGAAAACUGGCAAAGCGGACUACAUUGUUACAGGAAAUUGGUCGAGGUUAGCAGCAAAGGAAGCUGAACAGUAUGGCCAGGUCAACUACGUCCUUCCUGAGAGCAAAAGGUUUGUUGGUCAUCCACCUAGAGAUCAGUGGAAGUUCAGCCCGGACGCUUCUUACGUCUACUAUUGCGACAAUGAAACUGUCUACGGCGUUGAAUUUCCGGAGCCUCCAGAGACAAAAGGAGUGCCCCUUGUUGCGGACAUGUCGUCGAAUUUUCUGACCAGGCCGAUUGACUUUACAAAGUUUGGAGCGAUUUUUGCCGGAGCUCAGAAAAAUAUCGGCCCUGCUGGUGUCACCGUAGUGAUUGUCCGCGAGGACCUCUUAGGCAACGCGCUGCCCGUUUGUCCCACUGUCCUUAACUAUUCCAUCAUGGCCAGGGACAAUUCUCUGCACAACACGCCUCCCGUUUUUUCGGUUUAUGUUAUGGAUCUUGUUUUUGAUUGGAUCAAGCGUCAGGGCGGACUGAAGGAAAUGCAUCAGAGGUCGAAAAUCAAGUCCGAAGCAAUUUACAACGCCAUGAUCGCUUCUAAGGGGUUCUACUCUUGCCCGGUGCAAAGUGAGAGCCGCAGUCGAAUUAACAUCCCUUUCCGCAUUGAGGCGUCCACGCCCGAAAAGCAGACGGAACUGGAGGAAAAGUUUUUGGCUCAGGCACAAGUCAAAGGAAUGAUCCAGCUCAAAGGCCACAGGUCUGUGGGCGGAAUCCGAGCCUCGUUGUACAACGCGGUUGGCGUUGAAGAUGCGCAGGCGCUUGCCGACUUCAUGCUCAACUUCUAUAAAGAGGCCAACAAUUGACCCCGCUGGCUUAUUUUGUCUGUCGCAAAUAAAAUAAUCGAACAUCAGUUUAUCUCUAGCCUAGUA